AUGCACGAAUUCACUGAGGUGGAGCUCCGACGCAGCCUAUUGGGGACUCGUCCGUUGGUCGCUCGGUGCUCGAUCCUCGUACCAAUUGCCCCAGGGGCUAUAGCAGCAGUCGCAGCAGUGGAGGCGGCCAACCAAGCGGCUGCAAUGGCGGCGCAGCAUCAGUCGCGUCGGAAGCUUUCAGCUGCUGCGGCGGUUGUGAAGGCUAUGGCCGCUAGUGCAAAAUUGGGGAAUGGAGAAGAACCAGCGACCGCUGCGAGGGUAUCGCAGGACCACAACAACACAUUGGUGAGGUUAACUGGGCACGGAGAUAAAACGUUGGCGCUGUAUCACGACGGAGAGAUGUUGGUGCUAGGCUCCAGCGAGGUUUCGUGCUCCAGCGGUCGGAAUUCGCGUCGAGAUAGCGGGAUGGAUGCAGCUCUGAGCCGCAUGCUGCUGGACGUCGCGAGUGGCGACAACCACGUUGUGGGGGCGAGUGAACAGGGGUAUCUCCUCACGUGGGGUGACGUCAGUGAAUUUCGCCCCAGGAGCGCAGUUCUAGCUGGAGAUUCCGAGGCAAUAGGACUCCCGAGAGUUGUCCACUCGCUGCUGCACAAGCGGAUUGUUCAGGUUGCGUGCGGUGCCAGUCACAGCUUCGCGCUCGCUGAAGACGGCGACGUGUUCUCGUGGGGAGUUGGGCGAAGUGGCGCGUUGGGUCACGGCCUCAACGCUGUGGAACAAACGUUCGACUCGGUGUCCUCCCCCAUGGAGGUUUUGACGCUAAAAGGCCGUCGCGUGGUGCAGAUUUCGUGUGGGGAGGUGCACAGCGCUGCGUUGUUGGCCAGUGGGGAGCUGCUAACUUGCGGACAGCGGGAUCACGGACGUCUUGGUCGACAGAUCCCGCGGGUUGACUCACCCAAGAGAGGAAUAGUAACUCACUCUGACGAUGGCGAGUGUUCGUCGUGGUUUGCCCCCGUAAUUUUCCCUCAGCGAGGCGUGAAGUGCACUUACGUCGCGUGUGGAGCGGCCCACACGCUGGUGAUCGGUAGACCGCACGAACUCUACGCCUUUGGCUGGAACUCGUGCGGUCAACUCGGUGUCGGCGGCUGCAGAGACCGAUACACCCCCACACGCGUGACGUACUUUGACGCUGCAGUCCGGUCUCGCGGGGGUGCGUUGCCUGCGUUGACUAUCGCUUCGGUGGUAGCGGGUAAGCUCCACUCGUUGGCGUCGUCCCCUGACGGUCGUCUCUUUGCCUGGGGGAGCGAUGAAAUGGGUCAGUGUGGCUUGAGUUCGUGUCCUCAAAUCUACACACUGCCGCACCUCGUGACGUCGCUCGUCGGACUACGAGUGACUCAAAUUGCAGCGGGUGAAGCUCACUCAGCGGUGCUAACGAGUCACGCGCAACGGCACUUGGAGACUUUGGAGCGAACGCAGCCGACGCAGUACGCGCAGCUAGUGGAGCACUACGAACAUUCCGUCAAAGACGACGCCGAGAGAAGAAAUUUCGUGCUGGAGCGUGCCAAGCGCCAACAAUUGGAGCGAGCUACCGCUGCGAGACGCCGCAAACCGCCAGUGGACCCAGCGACCGAGGCGAUAACGAAGAUACUGCGGCUUCAGUCGCUCAUUGAGCAAGACGCAGCGAUGGAUGCGAAGCUCGCGGUGCGUCGGAGACCGCAGACUGCCAGGGCUUCCUAUGAUACGGGAAGAGAGGGAGGUGAAGAAGACGCAGUUCAUCGCGUUCGAUGCUCUAGCGCCUCGAUGGUGCGUCAAGCUCGCCUCGCAGUGUUGCAGGCUCCUCUCGCUACAGUUCCUAUCCAAUCGACGUCGCCAUCACCUCCAAGACCAAAGCCAAGUGCACCACCGGGCAAACCAAGGCCUUCAAGUGCUGCUAAUGCUGGUCGAGGUCGGAGUAGCAGACCGAAACUUGCAGGUGACGGACAAAGGCAAUUGGCGGCUACUCUUCAGAAUCAAAGCCAAACCACUCAGCAAACAGCUUCAACUACGGCGCCAACGUUCCCACCGUCGCGCCCGAAGUCAGCUCCAUCAAGAUCGAGAGCUUCGUGA